AUGGCGCCGCCCCUCAGUAAAGGAGCGGUGCCCAAACCCAAAAGAGGACGCGGCCGCCCGCCAACGACCGGACAAUAUGUCGGCUUGGCGAAGGCACAGGCCGAUCUGAAUAGGGAAAAGGAGGAGGCCCUUCGACUCCAGGCAGAGGAGGAGGUAGCCGAGGCGGCCAGGGCGGCGCGAGAGACGCGUUCUUCGCUCCUUGCGAGCCCCGCCGCCAUGGAAGAAGACAGGCUAGAGCAGACCAACUACGCUCUGGCCCAAUGUGUUGAGACUUCGCUGGGAACGAUCUCCAUGGUCGCAGCGAAGUCGAAUAACCUCAAGGGGACGUUCCAGCGGCUCCUCAAGGAGGCGGUCAGCGACAUACGCGCCACCGUCGCUGAAAUGAGAAGUCGCGGAGCGACCGAAGAGAUGAAGGCCCUCGAGGCUCAGAAUGCGCGGCUCCAGAAUGAAGUGGAGUCUUUGCGCAAAGAGUUAGAGGAGCUACGCCGUCAGGUGUUGAAGCCGGCCGAGCAGGAUAUGCGCCAGCUGUUGUCUGAGGUCUCUCGAUCUAACGUGGAGACCUUCAGCAACAUGCUGAACGCUCGGCUGGCCGGACUGGAGAGUCGGCUCCUUCCAGAGCCUCGACUGCGCCCUCCGCUCGCGGCGGACAGAGCCCGGAGUAUUACGCCGGCUCCCGUCGAGAGUGUAGAGGCUCCACCGGAUGUGACGCCGGAGCCCCCGAAGCAGAAGGCCAAGGGGAAGCCGGCCCCAAGGAAGACACGGCAGCCAGCCGCCGCAGCGGCCCCGCAAGAGGCCACUCCCGCGCCCAAGGCGCCCAAGGCCAAAAAGGGCCGGAAGAAGAAGCGGCCGUCGAUGGCCGCUCUGGAAGCGACACAAGGGGGAGCGAACACCAGCUCCCCUCGUACUGAGGCCCCGUGGACCACGGUAGGUCCAAAGGGCAAGAAGAAGAAAGGGACGGCUACAAUACCUACAGCCGCCCCGAAGAAGAAGGGAAAGCCAAGGCUUCGCGUCCCCGCCACUGCGGCUGUCGCUCUCACAAUAGAAGAGUCGGCCGUGAAGGCGGGGGCCGGGGAAUCCCACACACCGUCUUCGGACGGUGGUCGGCCCGUGUAUACGGAGGGGCCACUUAUUGCGAGGAGGGAGGAGAGGAAGGAAGAGGAGAAAGGCGAAAGGAGGAAGGAGAGGAAAGGAAGCGCUAAGAAGCGCGCGGAUCGCAAGCCGGUGGUGCUCCUUACCCCGCUGGAAAGAUAUCCGCACACCGAUGAAGACAGCGAGGACUUCUACACGGAGUCCAGCAGCAAUUUGUCGCUGGACUCCGUGGGGCUGCCCGCACAAUCUGGACGUACGACUCCCCUAAAAAGGAGACUCCUGGACGAGACUGAUGAGGCGCCGUCGACUAGUAAGGCGACGGUGCUCGAACCUAAAAGAGGACGUGGCCGGCCUCCAACGACCGGCCAAUACGUCGGCCUGUCUAAGGCGCAGGCCGACUAUAACCGCGAAAAGGAGGAGGCCCUCCGGCUCCAAGCCGAGGAGGAGAUUGCCGAAGCAGCGAAUGAGGCGAGGUGGUCGCAUGCGUUUCUCCGCGCCGCCUUCAAGGAUUCAGACCUCUCCGCCACUUCCCCGUCGGGAGAAGAGGCUAAGAAGGAAUGGACGGGCGCGGACAUAACGAAGACAGUGGAGGACACAUUGAAGACCGUCGAUAUGAUCGCCAGGAAGUCCACGAACCUUAAGGGAACAUACCAAAAGUACCUUAAGGAAUCGGUGGCGACCAUACGGAUGGUCUUCAAUAAGUUGACGACCCUCUGCACAACAGAGGAAGUGAAGGUGCUGGAGGCCAGAAACACGCGCCUCGAAGAGCAAGUGGCGGCGCUACGCCAAGAGCUGGACGAGGUGCGGAAGAAGGCCUCGCAACCUACCGGAGAUGACAUGCGUCAGCUGUUGGCCGAGGUCUCCCGUACGAACGCGGAGACCUUCGGCAAUAUGCUGAACGCCAGGCUCGCCGGGCUGGAGGACCGCCUCCUGCCGGAGCCGAGACGCAGGCCACCGCUGGCGUCGGACGGAAUUCGGGAUGAGGACCUCCCAACCGCCCCCGCGAGUGUCGUUGCGCCUAUGGAAGAAGAGGUGCCGGGACCCCCUCGGCCGAAAAAGGCGAAAGGGAAACCGGCCAAACCGGAGAAGACACAACCGCCCGUCGCUGCAGCGGCCCCUACAGAGGCUUCUGCUGCACCCACGGCGCCUGGGCCUUCAAAGGCCAAGAAGAAAAAGAAGAAGAAGCGGCCUUCUAUGGCAGCCCAAGAGGCGGCACAAGGGGGAGCGACCAUCAGCUCCCCUGGUACAGAGACCCCUUGGACCACGGUGGGUCCGAAGGGUGGGAAGAAGAAGGGGGCGGCUACACCAUCUACAGCCGCCCCGAAGAAGAAGAAGAAGCCGAGGCUCCGCGUCCCCGCCACUGCGGCCGCUCUUGAGACGGCCCGGCGGGCGAUAAGCAUUGCGGAGUUUGAUAUUCCGCAAGUCCGCUACCGUCGGGCCCGAACUGGAGGGUGUCUUCUCACCAUAGCUGGAGAGGGCGCAGGGAAGAAGGCGGACGCCUUUGCCGCAAGGCUCAAAACCGUCCUGCCUCAAGAAGUGAGGGUCGGACGGCCGGCUGCUUGCGCAGAGAUGCGUGUCGCCGGCCUGGACGACUCUGUGACGGCCGCCGAAAUCAAGGAAGCGGUCGCGGUUGAUGGAGAGUGCCUGGCCGGAGAUGUCCGGGUGGGGCCUAUGAGGGAGGGGCCACGGGGGGACGGGUCUUGUUGGAUCCGCCUCCCAGCCGCAGCCGCCAAGAAGCUCUCGAGCUCUGGGCGGUUGCGGGUUGGCUGGGUGUUGGCGAGAGUGACGUUGUUGGCCGCGAGGCCGACGCGUUGCUUCCGCUAUCGAACCAUGGAGACACGCAAUUUUGAAAAUUCUCCCCGGGCGGGUACCAGCAAUGCUGGAGAAUCCCGCACUCCCGGUCCGCCGGGAGUCUGCCGCACGUAUACGGGGGCGGCACAAAAUGCGUUGGAGGGUAAGGGGGCCGUUGCAACGGCGAAAGAAGGAGAGAGCGCGAAGACAAGCGCGAACCCGAAUCCGGCGCACCUAACCGCGUCGGAGGCGGGUGCUAUCACCGACGAAGACGUCGACUUUUCCGGUCCGCAGCCUAACGCAAUAGACCGGAUAAAGCGACUAAUGCAGCGCAAGAAGGAGCGGAACUGCCCAGUACGCGACGCUGACCUGCCAGAGGUGUUGCGCUGGCGGGACGUCAAAAUGACGCCACCCAGCACGCCUUCUGCGCUGCCACCCGGAGGAGACAAUGAGGCUGGUGGGGAUUUGACGCGCUCACCUCGCGUGGUUUUGCGCGACGUGAUGCGCGAAUUCUCCCUGCCGCCUCCACAAGGAAUGGACUAUACUGGCAAUGACAGUGAGGACUGGCCCUUGGACUCUGACGAUACUGUCUCUGACAUAUCAGUGGACUCCGAGGGCUUGCCCACAAUCCCGGACAAGACACGCCGUAAAAGGCGCAACACUGAGGAGGACAUGGCGCCGCCCAUUGGCAGGGGAGCGGUGCCCAAGGCAAAGAGAGGACGUGGCCGGCCACCAACCACCGGCCAAUACGUCGGCCUGGCUAAGGCCCAAGCGGACCUCAACCGGGAGAAGGAAGAGGAGCGCCGGGCUAUUUUCAGGGCGAAGGUUGAGGAAGUAGCCCGGAAGGCACGGGAAGAGCGAGAGGCGAGGGAGGCGAGAGCUUCCCUUCGUGGAAGCCCUGCCCUUGCCGAGGACUCAGAGGAGACAGGCGCGGCCCUAGCGGCAGGCGUGGAGAGGGCCUUGGAUAUGGUGACAAUGGUCGCCACAAGGUCCUCAAACCUGAAAGGGACGUACCAGCGGGCCCUCAAGGAGGCGGUCGCGUCCAUCAAGGCGGCCGUCACCGAGAUGAGAGGCCGCGGUCAAACAGAAGAAAUGCGGGCACUGGAGGCGCAGAACGACCGCCUCCUGCGUCAAGUCAACGCGAUGCGUAAGGAGCUGGAGGAGCUGCGCCGUCGCGUAACUGGGCCCGCAGCCGACGACCUGCAGAGGAUGUUGUCGGAGGUCUCGCGUUCCAACAUCGAGACCUUCGGCAACAUGCUCAAUGCGAGAAUCGCCGGCCUGGAAGAUAGGCUCCUUCCUGAGCCCAGAAGAAGACCGCCGCUGGCGGCAGACAGUGCUGGUGAAAUAUCCGGCGCCCCACCAACAGCGGCCCCGAAGAAGACGUCGAAGCCGAAGAAGACGGUGACGGCAAAGGCGCUGGACAAAGGUUCGGCAGGCGGUGCGGCGGCUCCUUUACAGCCGCCUCCUGCACCUACAGAGAAAGAGGCUGCAAAGCCUACGAAGAAGAAGAGGAUGAAGCGGUCAACAAUGGCCGCUCAGGCGGCGGCAAAGGGGGCGCAGAACACCAGCGCCCCUCCCGGCGAGGCUACGUGGAUUACAGUCGGUCCACGCAGGCCCAAAAAGAAGAAAGGGGCGGCUAAUGUAGCUAAGGCCACCCCUAGCAAGAAGAAGAAGAAGGCCAAGCUCCGUGCCCCCAACACCGCGGCAAUCACCGUCACCUUGAGGGAGAGUGCCGCGGCGCAGGGGGUCACGUACCUCGACGUGCUGACGAAAGCCAAAGACGCGGUCAAAACCAGUGGACUGCAGGAGCUCCAGUUCCGCUUCCGACUGGCUCAGACCGGCGCGCGUGUCCUCACCAUCCCCGGCGAGGGCGCCCAGGAGAAGGCAGAUGUUCUCGCUGCCAGAAUGCGGGAUGUACUGGACCCUGAAGUGGUGAAGAUCGGCCGCCCGGCGAAAUGUGUCGAAAUGCGCAUCGCCGGGCUGGACGACUCAGCGACGACCGCCGACGUCAUCAAGGCGGUCUCAAGGGAAGGAGGUUGCCCGUCCAACUCCAUCAGGACGGGCCCAAUAAAGAUUGGAAGGUGGGGCGACGGCUCGUUGUGGCUGAGCGUCCCCGUCGCGGCCGCAAAAAAGCUGAUUAGCAUGAAGCGGCUGCGAGUGGGCUGGGUGUCGGCCAAGGCCGCCGAGUGCCGGGAGAAGCAUCCAAACUGCUUCUUCUGUGAGGCACUCGGCAAGGAGAGCGGGCACGUCCUGGGAAGCGGCGGCUGUUUAACAGCCAAGAAGCCGCCCCCCGCUACGAAAAAGCGCCGCAGGAGAGGAGCUCCCUCCGACAAGGCUCGGCCGCAUGAGCCUGGAGCCGGUGGUGCCGGGGUUAGUCAGCCCCAGCCCGCCAUGGAGGUGGAGCAAUAG